CCGUGUUUUUUGGUUGUACUAUGGUAUCGCCUUUCCUGGGAGUGGCUCCAGUCCACAACAGACAGACAGGAUUGAUACAAUAUUACCACUGCAUGGUCGGCCUUUUGAUACUGUAGCUCGUAGGCAAUUGAUAACAUGGUUUAGUGACUGUAAAAUAUUGCCAAUGCAGUGUGUCUUCAGUGGCCAAUGUUGCUAUACUUCGAGGUUGCUAACGUCGUUAGCUAGCUUUGCUAACAGCAGUGAUAUUGUUUUCCCGAAUUAGCUAGCUGGCUAGCCUAGCUCCACGUUAGAGAGCAAUAACAUCUGCGGGAGAACUGAUUUUAUACUACGAGAUAGCCGCCUUUCAAGGAAUAUGGAAACCACUUUUGAUGUAAACCAUCUUUUCCCUGAAAAGAUUACAGUUUUGGAUCAAAACCUAAUUGCAGGUGGAAAAUCGCUGGGAAGGUCAGAUCCUCAACCCCAAAUUGCUGCAGUCAUUGAUGAACUUGGAAGAGCCUCAGCCAAGGCCCAAUACUUGACAGCCCCAAUCACAAGUGCAUCCAAGCUGCAGACCAACAAGCACCAUCUCUACCUGCUGAAGGAUGGAGAAAGCAAUGGAGGAAGGGGACUUGCUGUGGGGUUUCUGAAGGUUGGCUAUAAGAAGUUAUUUCUGCUUGACCAGCGAGGGGCGCAUGUCGAGACAGAGCCUCUGUGUGUCUUGGAUUUCUUUGUGACAGAGAACCUUCAGCGGCACGGCUACGGACUGGAGCUAUUUAGCUUCAUGCUGCAGCACAAAAAGGUGGAGCCAGUGCUGAUGGCUUACGACAGGCCCUCCCCUAAGUUCAUCUCUUUUCUGGAGAAGCAUUACUGUCUGAAAAACAGUGUACCUCAGGUUAAUAACUUUGUGGUGUUUGACGGUUUCUUCGCCAACAGAUCAGGCUCGCCUCCCUCUCUGACGGAUCAGGGAAUGUACGGCUUUUUUGGCGCAGUUGAGAAAGGUUCCCCCAAAAAAGCCGGACGGAGAGAUCAAGCCCUACUCGCUAACGGAGAGAGAAGCUGUGCGAGAGGAGCAGAAGGCUCUCCCCUGGCCUUUGUGUCGCCCCCCGGCUCCUCCCCUCUCUCCGCCAUUGUCGGUAUCCUCCCCGUGCUCCCCAAGCAGGGCCCGCCAGCGCCCCGACCCGGCCCUGGCCCCUGCCCCUGGGGGCUACAGGGGCCCGACCCCCCACCCCCCACUCAUCAACAGCCUCAACUACAGGGCAAAGCGCACCAGUUCCCUUAACCGAUCACAGCUCAGCUUCCAUUGACCACCUUUUGACUCCUCCCACCACUGUUUCCUCCUUUUAAAAGGAAGGACUGUCGUUUUUAGCCUGUUAGCUAGCCUACGGCUGCAUCCCAGUUCUCCACCCUUCUCUUGAAGUGUGUACUUGCACACUUCCCGCCAUGGAUUUAACAAUGGUGGAAACUACCCCCCACCCAAUGUUUACACCAAUCCAAGGCUUUUGGAUCCAUAACAGAAAGUGUAUAAGUGCACACUUAGAGAGAAGGACGGAGAAUCAGGAAGCAACCUACCUGUCUGUCUGUCAUGGCCAGGGAGUUUAGUAUUAUUUCAAUUAUUAAUUUACUACGAAACUGAGAAGAACAAAACAGAACGAACAUGGCUCCCAAUGUCGGUUAGAACUUUUUCAACUUUUCCUAGUGUGCUGGUCGUCCCAUUGAGGGAAUUAUGAUGCUGCCUGUAACUUUUGCCUGCCGUUUUCUAGACGAAGCCAUUAAAACUAUCUCCAAACAAAACUAGAAAAGUGAGAUUGCUUUCUGUUCACCUGGUACACCAUUUUACAGCUUGUUUUUCACUAAUAGUUUGACCUUUAACCUACACUACUCUCAUUAACAGUGUAUGAGGCCACUAAAAUAAUGACUUUUGUAGUCAUAUUCAUUAUACAGCAUAACACGUUUAUUUAUUAAUUUAAAAAAAUUCUCACAAUAAUAUUUGUUAAAUAAAAUACUUGACCCCAAUGGGAAACAUUGUCUAGAAUUUGACCAGAACAUGUUUUCCCAUCAGGCCCUACUAGUUCCACUAACUCCUCCCCCAUGACUCUAAGGAUCUCUCUUUUGGCAUCACAUGAUUAUUGGCAUUUUCUUUUGUUAUUGUCUGUAUGAUUUGUCAAGCAUUCACUUAUACCUUUUGUUUUGCUAAUUAUGUUUUCAUUUUGUGUUUUUCUUAUGUUGAAUUCUGUUGCUUUUCUUCUCUUGGUCCUUUUCCUUGGCCCUAUACUAUCGCCACUGUUUCCGUCUCUCUCCCUACCUUUCUCCGUGCCCUAUUCUCUCCUGUCCCCUUGUCUUUUUUUCCCAUUCCCUUGUUCUUCCUAUCCUCUCCACCUUCCUUGUUCCAUCG